GAAACAGAGUGACGAGAGAAUUAAAGAGACAGUUGCCAAAAGACACAUAAAUCUCUCAAGUGGGACGGGACCUACCACAUGUCUGUCCUUUUCUUCAUUCUUCUUCGUCUUCAUCUUCGUCUUCACUUCCGCCAUGAGAAAAACCAAAUCAUCAUCAUUUUCCGAUCUAAUGUCAUCGUCUCCGUUCCCUUCAUUCUCAUCUCCACCGGCGCCGGAGUUUCUUUCCACCACACAAAACACGGCAACGUCGCCAGCUCCGUCUCAGCCAUCCAUCAACGGACCUUCUUGGCUGUCUCCGUUCCCGGAGACGACAACAAACAUUGAUGGAGGCUCGCGAAAUGUAGCAUUAACUGGACUUAUUACUGGAGUAGUUCUCGGAGCUACGUUUGUCCUAAUCGGAGUUUGUAUCUUUGUCUGUUUCUAUAAAAGAAAGCAGAGGAAGUUGAAGAUGAAGAAGAAGAAAGAUCUUGAAGCUAUACUAGCUCCCAAAGAAAGUAGUAAUAAUCUUCAGCAAUGGGGUUCAUCAGAGAUUGGACACAACUUGUUUACAUAUGAAGAUUUGUCUAAAGCAACUAGUAACUUCUCCAACACUAACCUUAUUGGACAAGGUGGGUUUGGUUAUGUUCAUAGAGGAGUUCUUGUUGAUGGAACUUUGGUUGCUAUUAAGCAGCUUAAAGCUGGAAGUGGACAAGGUGAACGAGAGUUUCAAGCUGAGAUACAGACUAUCAGUAGAGUUCAUCAUAGGCAUCUUGUUUCUCUUCUUGGUUAUUGUAUCACUGGAGCUCAAAGGCUACUUGUUUAUGAGUUUGUGCCUAAUAAAACUCUCGAGUUUCAUUUGCACGAGAAAGGGAGACCGGUAAUGGAGUGGUCCAAGAGGAUGAAGAUUGCUUUGGGUGCAGCUAAAGGAUUGGCAUACUUACAUGAAGAUUGUAAUCCUAAGACAAUACACCGCGAUGUCAAGGCUGCAAAUAUUCUAAUUGACGAUAGCUAUGAGGCGAAGCUAGCAGAUUUUGGACUCGCCAGGUCUUCUUUGGACACUGAUACUCAUGUUUCCACUCGGAUUAUGGGAACAUUCGGUUACUUGGCUCCUGAAUAUGCAUCUUCCGGGAAACUCACUGAUAAAUCAGAUGUCUUCUCAUUUGGAGUGGUGCUUCUUGAAUUGAUAACCGGACGCCGUCCUGUUGAUAAAUCACAGCCUUUUGCUGAUGAUGAUAGCCUCGUUGAUUGGGCGAAACCUCUGAUGAUACAAGUUCUAAACGGUGGCAACUUUGAUGGUCUUGUUGACCCGCGGUUAGAGAAUGAUUUUGAUAUCAACGAAAUGACGAGAAUGGUUGCUUGCGCUGCUGCUAGUGUCCGUCAUUCAGCCAAACGCCGCCCAAAAAUGAGCCAGAUAGUUCGAGCAUUUGAAGGAAACAUAUCUAUAGAUGACCUAACAGAAGGAGCUGCCCCAGGACACAGCACUAUCUACAGCUUAGACGGGAGCUCGGAUUAUAGCUCAACACAAUACAAAGAAGACUUGAAGAAAUUCAAGAAAAUGGCUCUUGAAAGCCAGACAUUUGGUAGCAGCGAAUGUAGCGGUUUGACUAGCGACAAUGGUCAGAACCCAUCAGUCUCGUCUAGCAUCACUGAAGGCCAACGUACAACGCAAGAGAUCGAACCGGAGAUGAAAACCAAUGAGACAAUAAGUUAAAAACAGAGGAUUCUUGGUAAUAUAGUUAAGUCCAGCAUUUUGGGGUAGGUUUAGGUGUAAACAAACACAUUAUUACGCGCUUUCACUUUUAUUUUCUCAUGUGUGGCUCUAAUCAAAACUGUCCUGAGCCUGAUUUUUGCACGUGAAUAUUAUUUCUUAGAGAUUUGGUGUGUAGAUAUUUAAAAAGAUUCAAUCAAAGCUAAGACUUUAUGAUUCUUUAUUA